UUUUUUUCCCUCCUUGAAUCCUCUUCACAGAAAAGCUCCACCAGUUUCUCUCUGCAAAUCUGCCAUUCUGUCUCUCUCUGAAAUGAUCUGCAUUUUCCAAAUCCAUUUCUGAACCUCUAUUUCUCUCUCUACAAUGGACGGUCUCCCCGAAGAUCUCUCCGAUUCCACUCAGCGACCCGACUCGGACAAUGACCAGCGACUCUACUUCGUCCCGUACAGGUGGUGGAAGGAUGCGCAAGAUUCAAUGUCGGGGGAUUCGGGUUCGAAGAAAGCGGUCGUGUACUCGGCUUCGCCGGGUUCCUCAUAUGCGGGUCCUAUGAAACUCAUCAACAACAUAUUCAGCUUGGAUCUUGUUUUCAAUCUGAGAAGAGAGGAGGAUUCAGAGCAGAGGGAAAAUGGUGAAGUAGGUGUCUCUGGACGGGACUAUGCCUUGGUCCCUGGCGAAAUGUGGGUGCAGGCACUCAGAUGGCAUAGUGAUUCUAAAGUUGCAACAAAAAAUGGUAAGAGCUUUUCAGCGGCAGAAGAUAUUUCGGAUGUCUAUCCUCUAAAACUACGACUUUCAGUUCUGCGGGAAAUGAAUUCAUUAGGAGUAAGAAUAUGUAAAAAGGAGAAUGCAGGUGAGCUCUUCAAAAGAGCCUGCAAAAUCUUCAGCAUAGAGUCUGAACUGUUACGCAUCUGGGACUUCUCUGGGCAGACAACCCUGUUUUUUACGAAUGAAAAAAAUAAGUUUCUCAAAGAUUGUCAACGGCAUUCAGAUCAUGAUAUUGUACUGGAAUUGCAAGUUUAUGGGUUGUCAGAUUCUGUGAAGUACAAGGAUGUGAAAAAAGACGAGAGUUCACAGAAUCCUGGUCUGGCAAAUUCAUCUUCCAGCCCUUCAGUGAAUGGUAGCAUGGGCAAUAUGAACUGUAAUUUCAGUCGUACAAAUUCUGCCGAAGCUGGUUCUUUGGGAUUGACUGGAUUGCAAAAUCUUGGAAAUACUUGUUUCAUGAAUAGUGCUCUCCAGUGCUUAGCCCACACGCCAAAGCUUGUUGAUUAUUUUCUUGGAGAUUAUGGUAGAGAAAUAAAUCACAAAAACCCAUUGGGCAUGGAUGGGGAGAUUGCUUUAGCUUUUGGAGAUCUGCUAAGGAAGUUGUGGGCUCCUGGAGCAUCUCCAGUGGCACCAAGAUUGUUUAAGUCAAAGCUAGCUCGAUUUGCUCCUCAAUUUAGCGGCUAUAAUCAGCACGAUUCCCAAGAACUCCUUGCUUUUUUGUUGGAUGGGCUCCAUGAAGAUCUCAAUCGUGUAAAAUGCAAGCCUUAUGUAGAAGCCAAGGAUGGGGAUGGUCGACCGGAUGGUGAAGUUGCUGAUGAAUAUUGGCAGAAUCAUUUGGCUCGCAAUGAUUCUAUAAUUGUUGAUGUGUGCCAAGGUCAAUAUAAAUCAACAUUAGUUUGUCCCGUUUGCAAAAAGGUCUCUAAAACAUUUGAUCCAUUCAUGUACCUAUCCUUACCUUUACCUUCAACAACAAUGCGGACGAUGACGUUAACAGUUUUGAAUACCAGUGGGAAUACUGAGCCAUCUCCUUAUACCAUUACUGUGCCAAAAUAUGGGAAAUGUGAUGAUCUUCUCCAGGCUCUAGGAAUUGCAUGCUCUUUAGGGGCUGAUGAGACUUUAUUGGUGGCUGAGAUAUACAACAGCCGGAUUAUCCGUUAUCUUGAGGAACGAGCUGAUUCAUUAUCCUUAAUUAGAGAUGAUGACCGACUAGUAGCCUACCGGUUAGCAAAAGAUACAGAGAAAGUCCCUUUGGUUGAAUUCAUGCAUCAGCGGAUGGAGGAGCAGAACAUCCAUGGGAAACUGAUUUCAAGUUGGAAGGCGUUUGGAGUUCCACUUGUAGCAAGGCUUUGUGAAUCUGUUAAUGGAUCUGAUAUCUACAAUCUGUAUCUAAAAUUGCUUAAUCCAUUUCGAAUACCUGCUGAAGAUGCCACAGAAGAUUAUCAUAUCUCGGAGGGCACUACAACUGAAGAAGUUACAGGAAUAGAGGGUGCAAAAAGUCCUUUUGUAGUUGGAGAUGUGGACCCCUCUAAAGCGAAUGGGAUUGUCUCAGCCUCAGAUGCCGAACUGCAGUUUUAUUUAACAGAUGAGAAGGGAAUCAUCAAGCACUCCAAGCUAGUAAUGAAUGAGCCGGUGGCAGUGAUGGGAGUGUCCAGGCGGUUGCAUGUGCUUGUAUGUUGGCCAGAAACACAGAUUGAACAUUACAAUACACACCUUCUUAGCUCAUUACCUGAGGUUUUCAAGUCUGGGUUCUAUGCAAAAAGACCCCAAGAGUCUGUUUCUCUUUACAAGUGCCUAGAAGCAUUCUUGCAGGAGGAGCCUCUUGGACCAGAAGACAUGUGGUACUGUCCUGGCUGCAAAAAGCAUUGUCAAGCCGUUAAAAAGUUAGAUCUCUGGAGACUGCCAGAGAUUUUGGUUAUUCAUUUGAAGAGGUUCUCAUAUAGCCGGUUCUUGAAGAACAAGCUAGAGACAUAUGUCGACUUUCCCAUAGAUAAUUUUGAGCUGUCACCUUAUAUUGCCCUGAGAAAUGGUCAGUCAUGCAAUAGUUACAUGCUUUAUGCAGUUAGUAAUCACUAUGGAAGCAUGGGAGGUGGUCAUUAUACUGCAUUUGUCCAUCAAGGGGGUGACCAGUGGUACGAAUUAGAUGAUAGCCAUGUUUAUCCCAUCAGCCAGGAGAAGAUAAAGUCUUCUGCGGCUUAUGUUCUUUUCUACAGAAGAGUUGUAGAAGUAUAACAUGAGAGUUAUAAAUCAUUGAAACCCUAUUGGAGCAAGAUUUCUUUCAACAUUUUUGCCAUCAUAUCUUACAAGUAUCACUAGAGUAGCAUUCUUUUGUCUUUGCAUUGAUUAGUUUCAUUGAUAGAGUUUCCAGCAUGCAUGGAACAAAAUUGAGAUAUUAGCUUAGGGGAGGUGCUGAGGAUAAGUGUAACAUAGCCAACUGCAGAAAUGGGAGACAUGCUCAGGAGGAUAUUAUUAACCUCUGCAACAUCUCUUUAGCUUCAAGUGUAGAAAGUUUUUCCAAAGGGGAUUUACAUCCAACCCCUGUGAAAGUGUAUUUGUUGAUAUAUUUUUAUAUAGUUGAUGAUAGAGGAUAUGGAAUUUUUGGUUCU